AUGACAACUAGUAGCCGUGCAUGUCCUGUACCAACGGUCAAUGGACAUAUGACUCACUACCCAGCACCACCGUACCCAUUACUUUUUCCUCCUGUCAUUAGCGGACUUUCACUUUCCUCCCUUCAUGGCAUUCCAGGUAAUCCACCAACAAGUGGCUGCAGCACCCCAUCACCAGCAACAAUUGAAACUCAGAGCACCAGUUCUGAGGAACUUGUUCCCAGUCCGCCUUCCCCGCUUCCUCCCCCUCGUGUAUACAAGCCUUGUUUUGUUUGUCAGGACAAAUCUUCUGGAUAUCACUAUGGUGUCAGUGCAUGUGAGGGAUGUAAG